UUUCACAUCUUUAUUUAUUUUUUACACGAUUCGAAGGUAUACAUUGGAUGGUCAACACAUCAUAUGAACUAAAGAACAGUCUAGAAGCAAAAAAUGGCAGACAUUUUCCUAAAAGAGGACAGAUAUGGAGAAAAGUUAUUAAACACUUUGGAUACUUUAAGAAAAGAAAGAAAAUGGAUUGAUUUUUAUAUUGAAACUAAAACUGGUCUAGUACCUGUUCAUCGUAUUGUGUUGGCAGCUUCUGAGAUCUGCCAUCUUCAGUCACAAGUCUACCUUUGUCAGGAUGUUAAUACUCUGGAUCUGACAGACUUCAAUAAGAAUAUAGUGGAAAUAUUCAUUUCAUAUCUUUAUACAGGAGAAAUAAAACUGGUCGGAGAAUCCAAUAUUAGAGAUUUUAUCAAUCUUUGUAAAAAAUUAGAUUUCAAAACUGUAUUGUUACAUGAAAAGUUUCAUCACUAUAACCGUAUCAAAUCUAAACUUGAUGGGAGUAAAUCAGAACUUUUAAAUCAGUGCACUUCAGAAACAUGUACGUUAAGAGCUAAAAGUAAAGAUAAGGAAAAAGUUACUCGUCCACCAAAAGUUACCUCACAAUUAGACGAAAACUUUACUUGUCUAUCAGAAGAAUCUAUAAAUGCAUUAAAUCCACACACAGUGUUCAUGACCACAACUGUAAAUGGUCAGAUAUUUGUAAAAACAGAUUCAAAUAUAUCAUGUAUAUCCACAAAUCAUUCUGACAUAAAUGUUAGCUCAAAAAGUGUAAGUGAAGAGACAUUUGAUCAUUUUAAAUCACAUGAAUCCACACAAAAGGCAGAUUUUUCUGAAGAUCUAGAAAUAAAACAAGAGCCAAAGACUUAUGAUGGACCAGAUAUUGAAAUGUCAGAAUCCACACAAAAUGAAGAUUUGCCUAUAUUUUAUGAAAUAAAAAUAGAACCAAAUGGUGAGGAAGAAAGUGAUAUUGAAAUGCCUGAAUUUGCAAAUAUACAAAAUACACAUUUUUCAAGAGAAAAUAAGGUUCAAAAUUCUCAAAAAUCAUUGCUAAGUAACAAGAAAUCAACAUUAAAACAGGAAGAACAAACUAACAGGACAAAAACAUCACCAGAUACUAGAAAAUUCAUGUCAAAAGAUGUUGAAAUGGACCAUGAAGAAACUAGUGUAGAUUUUAAAAUAAAAGGGACAGAGCUUGGUGAAGCCUGUGGAAACUGUGAUAACCAACAGAUGGAAAUGGGUGGAAAUCAAGAUGAUAUGGCUAUAAAAAAGGAGCAAGAAAAUUUGGAUUCUAAUAUAAUAAGGACAUUAGUAAAGACUACACAAUCCAGACUGAGGAAAGAUAACAUACGUCCACGUUAUUUAUGUCAUCACUGUAACUAUAUCACACAUGAUAAAAGUGAUUACAGUAAACAUACCUCUCAACAUACAGAUAAGACCUAUAUGUAUAUAGUACCGAGAAAAAGUACAGAUUUGAAAAAAGCACCAGGUAUUAAGCGACCAACAAUAAAUCAAUCAAUAAAAAAAUCUCCCACAAAAGUAGAAAGUCUUGCGAAGAACUCAUCUGAUCAGGUUUUUAGUUUUCUGAAAACCUUACCCAUGUUACCUGCAAAUCAGCCAAGCUGGCAAAUUUCUUGUGAGGAGUGUGGUAAGACUUUCCGUAGUAAGUUUGGACAUACCUUGCAUAUCAAGAACAAACACAAUAUGGACUAUAAACAUCUUUGUAGUGUGUGUGGCAAAGGAUUUAAUCAGGCCAUUCAAUACAGGCAUCAUUGUAGACGUCACCAACAUCAGAUCAAAGUUGAUACAUGUCCACUUUGCAAGACUGAAUUUAUCGGCUUAGGUUCCUUAAAGCGACACCUAGAGACUUGCAAUAAGUCAAGUUCCUAUCCACAUCUUUGUGAUAUUUGUGGUUCAGGCUUCAGUACAAAAGGGAAACUGCAGGAACAUUACAAAGGAAAACAUGAAGAACCAAGAUAUUCUUGUUGGAUAUGUUAUAAAAGAUUUAACUGGAGAUCAAGCUUGAAGGCACAUUUUAGAUGCAAACAUAAAGGCUUUGAUUUACAUACAGAACCAGCAUAAUUUGAAUGACUUGAUAAAUGAUGGUUUUUGUUUCACAAAAGUUGACAGUUUUUUUGUCUUUUGUUAUGGUUUUGUGGACUUAGUGCUGAAAUGAUCAGUAUAAAAGCCUAUCCAACUGUUUUUUUGUCUUUUGUUAUGGUUUUGUGGACUUAGUGCUGAAAUGAUCAGUAUAAAAGCCUAUCCAACUGUU